AUGAUUACCAGCUUCCAUCAGGAUGAGAUGCAAACUGCAGAGGUGUGGCGGAGGGGCCACAAUGAGAGGAUUUGCCUUUUCAAUGCGUUCAUUCUGUACAAAGCCAUGAACCCCCAAGGAGAGCAUAGGAAAUUCCUCCCAUUUAUGCUCAGUGUGGUGAAGUCGUUGACUACCCUUAGACAUGCCAGGGCCGAGGAGGAGGCAAGAGGUGAGGAGGAGGCAGGAGGUGAGGAGGAGACCGGGGGUGAAGAUGUAGGUGAUGAGGAGGAGGUGGACAGUGGUAAGCAGAACAAAGACCCAAGGGCCCCAAGAAGUGACCCUCAGAGUAGGUUGACUGGUGGCAUUGGUGAUCAUGUGAUGGCAAAGCAAGACAAAUGUGAACAAGGCAACAAUACCAAACGUCUGAACAAGCAAAUCCUCGCCAUUAUUGCUGUUGGUAUCGUUAUUCUUGUCAUGCAGUAUUCCAUAUGGCCAACAUUACAAAGCUCUCCCACACUAAAACCCAUCAAGAACACUGUCAUUGUGCUGUGGUACUGGCCCUUUAGGCAAUCGGUCAGUCUAACUAAUAACUACUGCAUGGAUAACUAUGGCAUUCCCAACUGCGACGUAGUGGACAAUCAGUCCUGGUUCCCCAAAGCAGAUCUGGUGGUGUUCCACAACCGUGAGUUGGUCAACGGGCAGCGGAGGUUACCCCUGAAUCUGCCUCGGCCAAAAACCCAGAUGUGGGUCUGGCUAUCCUUGGAGAGUCCUCCACAUAAUGGGAAUAUGAGACCCCUUGCCGGCCUCUUCAACUACACCAUGUGUUAUCGCCGGGACUCGGACAUUUACUCGCCGUAUGGGUGGCUUGUGCCAAGCAAAGCUCCGAAAGGCACAACCGUUGAGGACAUUAUACCAAAGGGCAAAACUGCUCUGGCCUGUUGGGUGGUGAGCAACUACCAGACUGGACAAAAGAGGACACAAGUGUAUAACAAGCUGAAGGAUGUCAUCCCAGUGGAUGUGUAUGGAGGUGCAACAAAUAAACGUAUCUCUAGAGAUGGUCUCCUAUCCACAAUAUCUCGGUACUAUUUCUACCUCUCCUUUGAGAACACCAUUGCUACAGACUACUUCACGGAGAAAGUUUGGAGGAACGCCUUGGAGGGUGGAGCCAUACCGGUGGUUUUAGGUCCGCCGCGGGAACAAUACGAGGCGGUCUUGCCAAAGAACUCCUUCAUCCAUGUGGACGACUUCAGCACAGUAGAGGAACUGGGCAUCUUCAUGAAGGCUCUGGCUGUGGAUAAAGAGCGCUACGCUUCCUACUUUGCCUGGCGUCUGAACUACACUGUUGCUAAUACAGGAUGGGCGGAGUCACUGUGCAGGAUCUGUCCAAUUUUUAGCAGUUUGCCCACAUCAAAGAUAUAUACGGACUUACAUGGCUGGGAUUGGCAAUGA